AUGGCUUAUUUCAAAGCAGGGACAAGUCGUAUCCUAUUAGGAACGAUUGUGGGUCUCUUUGCGGUCACACAGUCGCCAUUUCUGUCACGGAUACCAUCAUCAUUCAAAGCGAAUAUCAAAAGUUUCUCCAGUUUUCCGUCAAGAAUGUCUCCCGCACUACUGGAACAACCUUUCGAGGUUCCAAGCCUGGCUUUACAGAUCGGCAAGCAGAAGCAAUUCAGCGCUAAAGGACCCGAUGGAGUUGCACCACUUCCGAAGGGAGGUCAAUGGGGUCUACCAGCAGGAUUGUACACUGUCAAGCAGAUCGUCGAAGCCAACGCGCCGCUUCUCGAAACCUGCAUUCACCACCUCGGACCCAGCCCAGACGGUGAGCCUUCAGCUCGCGAACAGCUGAUCGACAAUCUCGCAUCCAACCUCGCGCUCGACACCCGCGAGGCCAGCAUUUCCAUCCCGACGGGAGACCCGAAUCGUGCUGAACUCGCAAAGCAAGCCAUAAACAUCGGCAAGACCCUCAUCAAGUAUGUUCGAAACGUUUCCGAUGUUGAGUUCGACCCCAACUAUGUCGUCCGCAGCCCCUGUGAAGGCCACAUGCUCAAGCCUCACGUUGCGUACUUGAUGUUCGGUCCCCGCAGUCUCCGCCACCUCAUGCAAAUCUACAAUGAGUACCUCCAUCAGAUGGUACUCCUCCGCGAUGCCCUCCUGCCUUUUGAGAAUUACGAAGAUGUUCUCAUUCAGAUCAACCCAGGUCCCAAGCGAGGAAUUCGACACACCGAGGAAGCUCGUGGGGCUUUCUUGACCGAGGCAUUGACGAAGCAGGUCAAACAACGAACACUCCUCCGAGCUGCCCAAUCCUUCCUCGCACCAUCACUUUCUGAGAAGAGUGACGUCGGCUUCCAGUACAAGGGAGGAGUUGUUCUCCCGGCAUUCAUUGCUGGCGGCCGCUCCUCUCAAUUGCUGCGUUGGGUCCCCGUAGUCUUGGAUGAGUCCGUCGAAGAGACCACAUUCCACUACGCCCUCGAGGACUACUACGCUGCCGAUCGCGCGGAACUCAGCUUGAACAAGGGUGAGAAUGCUGGAAAUGCCAAGGUUGCCAACUCCACCCUGAAUGCUACCAACAAAGACGGCAAACAUCAAGUCCAGCUCAACAUUGAGUGGGAUGACGGGAAGUCGGCCAGCUUCGAUGUGGGUCAGAUCGCCCGUGGUCGCCGUUACGCCCACUGGGCUCAGAGCACCAAAGCGGGCAAGGGAGAGGAGCCGGAGAAGUCAAAGACCUUCCGCCACGACGCACACGCUGUCUUGACGUCGUCCCAGUCGGGUCUUAUCCUCCCGCCAAAAGGAUUCCAUAUCAUCAAGUCCAACAGCAAGGUUGAGACGCUCGCGCUACUAGGCAAGACAUACCCGGACAACAUUGUUUUGGUGGAAGAGGGGCACUCGCUUGCGCAAGCAAUUGCUGCUGGCCAGGGGGGACUGCCAGACGCAGGUCGUUUUUUCAUUGCCACGGGGGAGCUUUAG